GGAGCGCGGGGCCGGGAGCUCGGAGCUGGCUGGAGAGUCAGAGUUCUGCCGCGGCGAGGAAGUAGGCACGCUGGAGCAGGAGCCCGGCCUAAGAGGGAGCAGCGGCGCAGGUGACGCUGGGUUGCCCUGGAGGCCCCUGGCCAGGCCUGAGCCUCUGCCACCAUGGCCAUUGUGCACACUCUGCCAGUGCCACUGGAGCCCGCACGUGAGACAACCACUGCCCCACAAGCUCCAGCAAUGGGUAGCGUGAGCAGUCUUAUCUCAGGCCGGCCCUGUCCUGGGGGACCUGCUCCUCCACGACACCAUGGUGCCCCUGGGCCCACCUUCUUCCGUCAGCAGGAUGGGCUGCUCCGGGGUGGCUACGAGGCACAGGAACCACUCUGCCCUGCUGUGCCACCUAGGAAGACUGUCCCAGGCACCAGCUUUACCUACAUCAAUGAGGACUUCCGGACAGAGUCACCUCCCAGCCCAAGCAGUGAUGUCGAAGAUCCCCGAGAGCAUCGGGCACACAAUGGCCACCUCCGUGGACCCCCACCAAAGCUCAUCCCUGUCUCUGGGAAGCUGGAGAAGAACAUGGAGAAAAUCCUGAUCCGGCCAACAGCCUUCAAGCCAGUGCUCCCCAAACCUCGGGGUGCACCAUCCCUACCUGGCUUCCUGGGUCCUCGAGCUGCUGGGCUAUCUGGGAGCCAGGGCAGCCUGACACAGCUGUUUGUGGGGCCAGCCGCCUCCUCCUCCUCCUCUUCCUCUUCUUCCUCUGCUGCUGACAAACCCUUGGCACUGAGCGGUUGGGCCAGUGGCUGCCCGUCAGGAACCCUGUCAGACUCUGGCCGAAAUUCUUUGUCCAGCUUGCCCACCUACAGCACUGGAGGUGCUGAACCGACUACCAACUCCCCAGGUGGGCACUUGCCCUCGCACGGCCCUGGCCGAGGGGCACUGCCCGGCUCAGCCCGAGGGGUCCCUACUGGGCCCUCCCAUUCGGACAGCGGCCGGUCCUCCUCCAGCAAAAGCACAGGUUCCUUGGGGGGGCGGGUAGCUGGAGGGCUCUCGGGCAGUGGUGCCCGGGCCUCCCCUGGCAGCAGUUCGGGUGGAGACCGCUCUCCGCCCCCUCCGCCCCCACCACCUCCUUCGGAUGAGGCCUUGCUACACUGUGUCCUGGAAGGAAAGCUUCGAGACCGAGAGACAGAGCUACAACAGCUACGGGACAGUAUGGAUGAGAGUGAGGCCAGCGUGUGUCAGGCAUUUGGAGCGCGGCAGCGGCACUGGCCACGAGAGCGGGAGGACUGUGCGGCCCAGGCACCACAGGCCACACAGCGGGUCCAGCGGGCCCAGCAGCUGCUGCAACUGCAGGUGUUCCAGCUGCAGCAGGAGAAACGCCAGCUGCAGGAUGACUUCGCGCAGCUGCUGCAGGAGCGAGAGCAGCUGGAGCGCCGCUGCGCUACCUUUGAACGGGAGCAGCGGGAACUCGGGCCUCGGCUGGAGGAGACCAAAUGGGAGGUGUGCCAGAAAUCAGGCGAGAUCUCCCUGCUGAAGCAGCAACUGAAGGAAUCUCAGGCAGAGCUGGUACAGAAGGGCAGUGAGCUGGUGGCGCUGCGGGUGGCCCUGCGAGAGGCUCGGGCUGCCUUACGGGUCAGUGAGGGCCGUGCCAGGGGCCUGCAGGAGGCAGCCCGAGCCCGGGAGCUGGAGCUGGAGACCUGCUCCCAGGAGCUACAUCGGUACCGCCAGGAGGCCGACCGGCUCCGGGAGAAGGCUGGGCACUUGGAUGCUGAAGCAGCAGGACUCCGGGAGCCCCCUGGGCCCCUCGCCGCUGCCACCACCACCACCACCGACCCGUUCCUCCUGGCAGAGAGCGACGAGGCUAAGGCGCAGCGGGCAGCUGCUGGGGCAGGGGGGAGCCUACGGGCUCAGGUGGAACGGCUGCGCCAAGAGCUGCAGCGGGAGCAGCGACGAGGAGAUGAGCAGAGGGACAGCUUUGAGGGGGAGCGGCUGGCCUGGCAGGCGGAGAAGGAGCAGGUGAUCCGCUACCAGAAGCAGCUGCAGCACAACUACAUCCAGAUGUACCGGCGAAACAGGCAGCUGGAGCAGGAGCUGCAGCAGCUGAGCUUGGAGCUGGAAGCCCGAGAGCUUGCUGACUUGGGCCUGGCUGAGCCGGCCCCUUGCAUCUGUCUGGAGGAAAUCACUGCCACAGAAAUCUAGGGCCUUGUGUGCAAGCCACAGGGACCCACCUGGGUCCCAGGAUCCUCUGACCACUCCGGAUCUCAGAGCCAAGGGGCCCUCAGCCAAGCAUUCAGGUGGCCCUGUGACUUGGAGGAAGAAGAUCAGACCCCCUUGAAGUCCCAUUUCACUGUCGCCCAGAGGCUCCCACCUGCCCUGCCAUUUCGCUCCCCAGCUGUCAGUGCCACUGCCAGCCCUCCUUGCCCCAGAUGUUUGCCAGCCCGCUCCAGCUGGGAAGAGAAAGGGCCUAC